GGGGGUUGGGUUUUUGUCUUUGGGUGCAAAGCAGGCAGCAGACACACAACCUUGUGAAAAUCCUUGCCUCGUUUUCCUUUCCGUAGUUAUUAGUUGGCAAUUAAACCUUUUAAACACUUCUCCUUUUGAAUAUAUCCCCCCCUUCCUCUCUAUCUCUUUGCUUUUCUCCACAAUCCCAUUAAAGAAAACAACAGAUUUCAUUAGUUUUCUUUGCCCUUUUUCAUUUCCUUCACUGAUUCUUCUUCUUCUUCUUCUUCUUACCCAUUUUUUUUUAGAAAAAACCAUUGUUGAGUUCUUAAAACUAGGAAUGAAUGGUGAAACAAGCUUUGAACUUGAUUGUUCUGAUUCUGACUUUGUUGAAGUUGAUCCUACUGGUAGAUAUGGAAGGUAUAAUGAAAUUCUUGGCAAAGGGUCUUCAAAGACAGUCUACAAGGCUUUUGAUGAAUAUGAAGGAAUUGAAGUAGCAUGGAACCAAGUGAAACUUCAUGAUUUAUUACAAAGUUCAGAUGAUUUAGAGAGAUUGUACUGUGAAAUCCAUCUCCUUAAAACCUUAAAACAUGAAAACAUAAUGAAAUUCUACACUUCUUGGGUUGAUACUUCCAACAGGAACAUCAACUUUGUUACUGAGAUGUUCACUUCUGGUACUCUCAGACAGUACAGGUUGAAACAUAGGAAGGUAAACAUUAGAGCUGUGAAGCAUUGGUGUAGACAGAUUUUAAGAGGGCUUUUGUAUUUACAUAGCCGUGACCCUCCUGUUAUUCAUAGAGACCUUAAGUGUGACAACAUUUUCAUUAAUGGCAACCAAGGGGAAGUCAAAAUCGGUGAUCUAGGCUUGGCUGCGAUCCUCCGUAAAUCCCACGCCGCUCGUUGUGUCGGAACGCCGGAGUUUAUGGCUCCCGAGGUGUAUGAAGAGGAAUAUAAUGAACUAGUUGAUAUAUAUUCAUUUGGGAUGUGCAUAUUGGAGAUGGUUACUUUUGAAUAUCCAUAUAGUGAAUGUACUCAUCCUGCUCAGAUCUAUAAGAAAGUUGUUUUGGGAAAAAAGCCAGAGGCUUUAUACAAGGUAAAGGAUCCCGAGGUUAGAGAAUUUAUCGAGAAAUGUUUAGCUACCGUAUCUCAUAGGCUUACUGCCAUGGAGCUUCUAAGAGACCCUUUUCUUCAAAUCGAUGAUUAUGGGUCGGAUUUGAGACUAAUUGAGUACCAAAGAGACAGCUAUGACGCUGGACCUCUCAUGAGACAACCUCUUUACGAUGUUCAUGUUAGUAACAACAGUUCCUUGGUCAAUGGAUACAGCAAUUAUCUCGGUUAUGGACAUGAGAGCAAUAUCGGCUAUAACUCGCUUGAAUACGAAACAAGUGAAUUAGAUCUCGAAGAUGGUCAUUUGGGAGAUGUUGACCUUAUAAUCAAGGGCAAAAGGAGAGAUGAUGAUGGCAUAUUUUUGAGGCUUAGAAUUGCAGAUAAAGAAGGUCGAAUCCGGAAUAUCUACUUUCCGUUUGACAUCGAGUCAGAUACUGCGUUGAGUGUUGCAACUGAAAUGGUUUCUGAGCUUGAUAUCACGGACCAAGAUGUCACUAAAAUAGCAGAUAUGAUUGAUGGGGAAAUCGCAUCUUUGGUGCCACAGUGGAAGAGGGGCUUGGGCAUAGAUGAAAACUCGAUAUGCACGGGUUCUAGUUUUUGUCAAAAUUGUGCUUUGAAUGGCCACCUUUCAGAUUUCUUAUCAUCGAGUAGUGCAGGUGCCAAGAACCUGCAAGUUCUCGAGUGCUCGAAACACGGUUGCACCACUGUCCAUGGCCGGUUUGAAGAGAUCACGUACCAAGUUGGAGAGCCUGAACAAUGUGUUUCUGAAGGUGUAGAGGCUUCCUUGAGCCAACCAGACGGUAUCCAUUAUGCCGACAUUUGGGGUCAACGGGAAGGGUCAGAACUAAUUCCGCCAGGACCAAAGGACAUUUGCUGCAACGAAGUGAACGAAAUGUCCGACCUGUCGGUUUCCGAAAAAGAGGAGAAAAUUAUAAACAUAGACUGUCAAAGUGAAUCCAAUGCUCGGAACUCUUUUUCAGCCUACGGUUCAAUGGAUUCGGGUUUAUUUGAUGAUUACGAGAAUGAAAUUAGGCAAGAACUAAGAUGGCUCAAAGCCAAGUACCAAAUGCAGUUGAGAGAACUUAGAGACCAACAAUUAGGAGUUAAACCGAAAUAUCCCAGCUUGCCCCAAAGUUUCAACGACUUGUUGAAUGACAACGAUAACAAAACCGCUUCCCUAUCUUCGAUCUUGACAUCCCCUAACAGAGAAAGCCUAAAACCGUUACCUUCCGGAAAGCAUCGUACUCCAUAUUUCCCUCCUACCGCCGGGAAAAGAUGUGCCACUUCUGCAAGCCAAAGCAUCCAAAACACCGAAACACUCAGCUCAUCGUAUGAUCUGGAUACAGUAUCCACUGCCAAGAGUUUCUACACCGGCACAUUGCUUCCGCACCCGCUUCACCGCGCAUCAUCACUUCCGGUCGAUGCCGUGGAUGUGUAGAGGCUGCCAAGUUUUUUAAUUAUUGUAAAGUACCUACCUACCCCCCCGCCCUCCCCCCCCCCCCUUACAUUAAAAGUAUUUAAAAGGUUCCACAUGGUUUUCAUCUAAUCCCCACAUUGAUUCAUUGUCCUUAAGAGCAUUUGACUUCGAGGAGGACUUUUUUUGCAGCAGCUCCCAUGGCAUGCCAAUGUACAUUUUAUCAUCAUCAUCAUCAUCAUCAUAAUAAUAAUAAUGUUGAUGAUGGCUGCUAGGGUUCAGUAGUCUCUACAUUCCAUCCACACAACUUAUUCAACUCCCCCAUCCUAUCCAAAUAGAUUUAAUUUCCAAAAUUUAAUAGCUCAUAAAGACCUGCAACCACAUGUAUGAAAGUUCAAUUUACCAUAUUAUUCCCACAACCGGACAAAUGUGGUCCAUAGGGGUGCCCAAAUCCAUUUAAUCAAUGGUUUUCGGUUUAUUUGAUUCGGUUAAAUAAAUUAGUUAUAGUUCGAUUUA